GCAUACCCACUUUUUGCACCUCAGUGCACGUUUUAUCCAUAGCCAGGUGCCCCCCUUUCAUUGCAACGUGAGAUGCGGCCCUGCUCCUCCAGCACGUUUCCCCUCCACGACACUGUGACGUCACACGUUUAGGAGGGGCUCCUGUCUGUUGUUGGUACGCGCCGAUUCUUUUUUUUCUCCCCCCAUUCAAGCCUCGUCCUGCUUCAGACAUGGCCCAGGAUCUCCAGGCUGGCGUGGCGGCGGUGACGCGCUGAUAAGGCGGCCAUGGAAGGACGCAGCAGCGCGAUGGCGUCUCCUUGGCGCCCCGUCCUCGCCCUCGUCUUGGCCGCCAGCCUGACAUCACCUGCCUGCGCCGACACAACAUUUGGUUGCCUGUUUGAAGAUGACCUCUGUGGACCAUAUCAGUUCUGUCUCAAUGAUGGAGUGUUUGGAAGAUGUCAGGAGCUGACUGCCGCUCAGCCGCUCAGCACCUACGACCUUUCUUCUUCUAGCCUGCCGAAACUCACCAUGCUCCUGCACAAACUGGCGCACAGAGGGCUGACAUGGCAGGAUGGCCUCACCCAGCAGGUGAUCUCAAGAGAGCUGUCCAAGCUGAGGAGCGUCCCCCUCGGCCAUCGGGCAUCGGCGCCCCUCGUACCCUACGGCGGGGCCGUCGCAGAUAGGAAAGUGAAGCCUGGGCAAGCGGAGCUGAGCAGGAACUUUCAGCAGCUCCUGAAAGGGAUCCACUUCCUGCCAGCCCAGCAAGACACAAACGAUGCUCAGAAUGAGGAUAUCGUGUACGAUGGGCCAAAGUCCGGCUGGAAGGAGACCAGCAUCUACAGCGUCCAGAAAGGAGAUGACCAGGUUCCUGUCACCAAAGUCUUCUCUCAGAGUGGAGAAGGCAGACACCCUGACAAGAGCAAGGCUCUCUCCAACCACUUGGAGCAGAUCCUAGGAGGAGGACCAAUGGUGGGCCAGGCUUCAUGGCCCAAAGGAAAGCUCCACUACCUGAGCUAUGUGAGACCACCUCUAGGUGACCAGCAGGUGGCUUUCGGCUCCAAACUUCCAAAGGCCAAUUUGGACCGCCUGUUGUUCAAGAGCGCUUCAAAUCAACUGAGCGGCAAGAAGCCUCUGAAUGGCAUGGAUGACACACUCCUUCACGAUGUGCUGAAACAUUUUGGAGGAAACGGCUUCAACAUGGACACUUGGAUGACUGAAGACCUGGACCAUCUGGCUGAGGUCGUCUCUGGAGCGCUGCAGGAAGCCGAGGCCAGGAAGAUGGAAUCAGAAGGACCGGGAGCUUCUCAUUCCAGUCGCAUCAUGGAAGCUAACAGGGUUCCAUCGGCCACCAUGGAAGCAAACCAAGAACCAAAGGAUGUAUUGAACUUUAGACAAGGACAACAAGAAGAUGGACCAGCUAAAGAGCCUGUUGACAAGCAUGCAGCCCUUUUCUCCAAGCUUCUGGACUAUCUCAACCAUGCUCCGGAGGUCAAAAGCGGACCAGCACCUGGUCCUAAAGGAAAUGUUGUCGGCUUGGAGAGCGUCCAGAGCCGCACGAAGCAAGGCCAGAUCAUCGCACCCCAAGGCUGGGAGGAGAAAAGUGUAUCUGCACCCGCCGGGGUAGGCUCCACCUUGCGUUUGACUAGCGGGGGGCCGGGGCCUGACGCCCACGUGGACUCUGAGAUGGACAGGUGGAUGCAGAAGCUUCAGAAACCCGCUGGGAAGGAUGUGCCGGAAGAAGGAGGCAAGAAUGACGUGAAAGUGAAAACUCAGUUGGUCCAUGUAGGAGUGAAGGAGUUCUCCAGCAGAGGGAAGGACAGACACUUUGGUUACAUCAUAACCAGCUCAGACUCCCUCACCUCCGACCAGGCCUUGGACUUGAUGGAGCGGUUAGCGCAGAAAUUGAACCUCCAUGCCGCGGACCUCACCCAGCUCUCGGUUCUGGGUCCUGCAUUGACAUUCAGAGUCGGGCACAACCCCAAGAAUGUGACCACGGCAGAUGUGGUACAAAUUGCAGUCCAACAGAAGCAGCAGCUGGAGAAGGAGACCGGGUUGAAGAUAGUGGAAGCUGGCGUCAGUGACAGGGGCAGCCUGACCCAGAUCCCCGUGGUGAAGGAGACCCGGGUGGAAUCGGGCCAGUUGGUGGUCCUCUCCGUCCUCUGCCUGCUUUUCAUCCUGGUGGCGCUAGCCGUGUCCGCCACUUUUUUCUGCGUGCGCCAGCGCUCCCAUCUUUACAUGAAGGAGAAGCUGUCCAGUUUGGGGACUGACACCAGCACCGAUGCCACGGCAACCUAUCAGGAGCUGUGUCGCCAACGUAUGGCCAUCCGGGCGUCGGAGCGAGUCGAGCGUCCGGAGACGAUGCGCCACUCUCGACUCAACAGCGUGUCGUCGCAGUUCAGCGACGGACCGGUCGCCAGCCCAUCCACCCGCAGCAGCACCUCCUCCUGGUGCGAGGAGCCCGUGCCGUCCAACAUGGACAUCUCCACCGGUCACAUGAUACUGUCCUACAUGGAGGACCACUUGAAGAACAAGAACCGUCUGGAGCGCGAGUGGGAGGCCCUGUGCUCCUACCAGGCAGAACCCAGCACCUGCAGCGUGGCACAGAGCGCCAAGAAGAACCGAUCCGACGCCGUGCUGCCUUACGAUCAUUCCAGGAUCAUCCUGAAAGCGGAGAAUAACCACAGCGGCUCCGAUUACAUCAAUGCCAGUCCCAUCAUGGACCACGACCCUCGCAACCCCACUUACAUCGCCUCACAGGGCCCGCUUCCCUCCACCGUGGCUGAUUUUUGGCAGAUGGUGUGGGAGAGCGGCUGCGUUGUCAUCGUCAUGCUGACCCCCAUCUCGGAGAACGGCAUCAAGCAGUGCCACCACUACUGGCCGGAUGAGGGAUCGGAUGUCUACCACUUCUACGAGGUCAACCUGGUCUCCGAGCACAUCUGGUGUGAGGACUUCCUGGUUCGGAGCUUCUACUUGAAAAACCUGCAGACAAAUGAGACCCGCACCGUCACGCAGUUCCACUUCCUCUCCUGGACGGAGCGUGGCGUCCCCACCACGGCGCGCACGCUGUUGGACUUCCGCAGGAAGGUCAACAAGUGCUACCGGGGUCGAUCUUGCCCCAUCAUUGUUCACUGCAGCGAUGGAGCUGGCAGGAGCGGGACGUACAUUCUGAUUGACAUGGUCCUCAAUCGGAUGGCCAAAGGUGCUAAAGAGAUUGAUAUUGCCGCUACCCUGGAGCACUUGAGAGACCAGAGAGCCAGCAUGGUCCACACAAAGGAGCAGUUUGAGUUUGCGCUGACAGCCGUGGCUGAGGAGGUGAACGCCAUCCUCAAAGCGCUUCCUCAGUGAAGGUGGCCCACCACACCACCACCGCGCCAUCCUCUUGACGCCCCCCAUCACCGCUCUCUCUAUUUAUAUCAAUGAUAUAUAUAUUAUGAUAUGUAAAGCUAUAUAUGCUAUAUUGUCAUGAAUGUGUAAAGGUGAUCUAAUGUACUGAGUAGUCUUUGAAUGCACCACCACUCCAUGAGGUCAAAUUGUAAAGAUAAAAAGUAUUAUUUAACUCUUAACUUCACUUCAUGUACACAUUCUAUACUAAUGAUUCAGAAGAAAUAUUUCAUCAUGCAAUUGUAAAAAGAAAUGAGAAAAAAAAAUCAUUUUAGAAGAGUAAAGUUGAAUUCUGACCUCAGUUAAAUGUAACACUUUAUUCUUGUAAUACUUUAUUCUUGUUUCCCCCCGUAGUACUUUGUCAUCAUGUAGGAUAAACAUUCUUGUUGAUUGUGGUCAGAAUACAGUGUAUUGUAUUCCAAUACUACUAUAUUACAAUGCUGUGUUACUGUGACUCAAGUGAAGUAUCCAUCUCUGCUAUUAUCAGAUACUAGCUAGUACAAGUAGUGGACAAUAGAUGAACUCAUCAUCAGCUACUAUAGUUAAUAGAAGUAGUGGACAGUACAUGAAGUAGUUGUUUACAGAUCACUGCAAAGUAAAUAUGUUAUCAUCUACAACAAGAAUGCAGUCUAUUUUGUGUCAACAUUCACAUUGAUAAUAAACUGAAUUAAAACCA